GAGCGAAAACUACUAACGUAGGCAGAAAAAACGGAGCGGGCGGGUAAAAAAUAAACAAAGCGGCCGGGAGGGAAAAAAAACGAAGCGGGCGGGCGAGAAAAAAAACCGGAGCGGGCGGGCAGGAAAAAAACCCGAAGCGGACCGACGACGGAAAUAAAACGGACCACGGCCCCGGGGCCGGCGACGGAUUCGGUUCAGAGAAGAACUGACUGCGUGAGGAACCUAAGAGUGGCGGUAUGGAGAGCAAGAUGGAAGAUCAAAGAGGAGGCAUGGUGGACAGCAGUGGUGUUUACACAGACUUUGUUUCUGAGCAGGAAUAUGCGCUUCAUGGCAUUGUUGAGUUACGUGAUGGACCACAUCCUCUCCAAGGCUUCAGUGCCGACGUGCCGGACCUGGUGGGCGAUCCCCCGGACCAGCCUGGCCCCAUGGGCGUGCAGCACACGGUAACCCUGGAGAUGGCUGUGGUGUCCAUGCCAGAGCUGCCCGACAAUGGCCAAGGAAGUGACGGGAGGGAACUCUCGGUGCUAACCGGCCAACAAGAUGAGCAGGUGGAGGCUGCAAACCAGCCAGAUGCAUUGAUCCAAAUGGAGGGACUUGGUUACUACGACAAGAACAAUGAGAGCUUUGAGGACCAGGCCCUGAUUGAUCAUCUCCAACAUCACACAGUGGCCACCAAACGACCACUGUCUCCUAGCUCUGGAGGAGAGGCUGGAUUGCGGGCAAAGCGCCCUCGGUUGGCUCGGAGGAAAAAGAGCAUGGUUGGCGGAGGCCCUAAUGCCCAGGCGAACUCAGCCACUGCCCCUUGUGUGACGUAUCCCUGCCCUGCCUGUGGUCAAGAAUUCCCCCAGGCAGGAGCCUUGAAGGAACACAUGGGCUCGUGCCCCAGUGGCGGUGAUGUAUCUGAGCAGCUGAGAAACGGCUGUACAAUUGAGCCCAGUCCCUGCCCUGACCAAGCACGCGGACGGUUGUUCCAGAGUACCACAGAGAUGGACAAGUAUCACUACCCCUUCUGCUGUGACCAGUGUGAUGUCAUGUGCUCCACUGCCAAGCUCUUGGCAGAACACAAGAAACGCAGCCGGCUGCGGACUGAAAAGUUCAAGUGUGAGCUCUGCCCCUUUGAGAGCUGCAGCCCCCGAGACCUUAACAAGCACUAUGGUGAGAAGCAUCGAGACAAGGCAGCUUACGUCUGUGACAAAUGUGACUUCAUGAGCCGUUAUCGCAAAGCUUUGAAGAAGCACCUGACCCUGCACUCUGACGAGGGUGGUAGUACUACUGAAGAGAACAACAGACAUGUCGACAGGAGACUGGAGCCGGAUAAUGACAGUGUCAUGUUACAGACGUGGCCCGGAAAACCAAAGCCAUCUGCUUGCCAAGAGGAGGACCUGGUGUCAGAGACUGGCUCAGAGGACAACAUCAGCAGAAAAAACAAGUCCCUCAGAGAGCGGCAUUUCAAAGUUGACGUUCAAGAAGGAAUGGAACAUCUGUACAAGACCCACAUCUGCCCGGAAUGCAAACGGUGUUUCAAAAAGAGGACCCAUCUGGUCGAGCAUCUUCACCUCCACUUCCCAGACCCCAGUCUCCAGUGCCCUCACUGCCAGAAGUUCUUCACAAGCAAGGGCAAACUGAAGGUGCACCUGAUGCGGGAGCUGGGUGUGAAGAGCCAUCAUUGCCCUCUGUGCGACUACAGCGCGGUAGAGAAGAACUCACUGAACCGGCACCUGGCCAGCAUGCACGAGAACACCACCAACUUCUACUCUGAGGUCUACGCCUGCCCAGCGUGCCAGGAGAAGUUCACAGUCAGCAACGCGCUCAAGGAGCACAUGAAGACCCACAAGGAGGAGCGGCAGCUGCUGCACUGCCUCGAGGGGGACUGCGGCUACAUGGCGGAGGAGCGCAAGGACUUGGUCCGCCACCUUGAGGAGGUGCACGGCACCCAGGCGGUGGAGUGCCGCUACAGGGCGUGUGGUUCGCUCUUCGCCUCUGAGGCCAGCAUGGAGGCGCAUCGUCGCACCCACUACGCCUUCCACUGUGACCAGUGCGACUUUGUCUGCUCCAACAAGCAUGUCUUCCGGCGCCACAAGCGCAGGGGACACCCAGGCAGCGAGGAGCUGGCCUGUGACUUCUGCCCCUACAAGACCUUCAACCCUGUGGAGUUCAGCGACCAUGUGGGCAAGAUGCACGCAAAUGAGAAGAUCCACAAGUGCAGCGAGUGCGACUUCGCCACGGCGCACAAGAGAGUCCUCAACAGGCAUAUCCUGCUCCACACAGGUGAGAAGCCACAUAAAUGUGAACUGUGCGAUUUCACCUGCAGGGACAUGGGCUACUUGUCGAAGCACAUGCUCACGCAUUCUGACCAUAAGAAUUACAUGUGUACAGAGUGUGGUUACAUUACCAAGUGGAAGCACUACCUCACAGUUCACAUGCGCAAACAUACCGGCGACCUGAGGUAUCAUUGCAACCAGUGUUCCUACCGCUGCCACCGUGCCGAUCAGCUCAGCAGCCACAAACUACGGCACCAGGGCAAGUCGCUCAUCUGCGAGGUGUGCGGCUUCGCUUGCAAGCGCAAGUAUGAGUUGCAGAAGCACAUGCAGGUGAAGCACUCCAAGGACUACCAGCUGCCGCUGCACCAGUGCCAGUACUGCAGCUACCAGACGCAGUACAAGCAGGCGCUACUCAGCCACGAGAACUGCCGGCACACGCGCCUCAGGGAGUUCCGCUGUGCCCUCUGCCCCUACCGCACUUUCAGCAACACCAGCCUCUUCUUCCACAAGCGGAAGACCCAUGGCUACGUGCCGGGAGACAAGGAAUGGCUGGAGAACUAUGCCAGGGAGGAGAUGGCCAUGAACUCCACCCAGAACCUGCUGACAUACAGCGAUGCGAGUGUUCAUCUUUCGGGUACAGCUAGGUCCGAAACGGCAUCCUCGAGGCAGAGCAGCUUUACGACUACUGGAAGGGAUAUCGACCUUGGACUCGUUGCCUCUAGGCCAGAUGAAGGACCACAGGGCAUUUCUGCCCCGUCGGAAGUGGUGUGCUUGGGGCAGCACCCGGUGUUCCCCACCGACACAGAGCGAGCAAGCCCGGCCGUGAGCGUGGAGCCUGGGGAAGCCGGCACUGAAAGCAGCCAGGAUGCGGAGAGGGAGCUUCAGGAGGGCAUGAGUGGGAGCAGCUCGCAGAUGGAGGAGGUCUUCGGCACUCAGCUGGGGUUCCCUCACACUCCAUCAGAGGAGGUGUCAAAGCAAGUGUCCAGCUCCCAGCUGACACCUUUGGACUGCUGGCCCCCGUGUGAGACCAGCGCCAUGUACAGAGACUUUGGACUCAACGCUGCGGAUGUCGACCAGGCGGAUCUUGGUGACGAUGAUGCUGACAUCGGAGAGCAGUGUGGUGAGGAGGAAGGUGGAGAGGGAGGCCGUGUCCUAAGGAACCCAGAGAAACUGGGACAAAGCAUUGACGUCUUCAUGGACGAAGGACAGGACGUAACCUAUGAGCUUUCAGAGAAGACCGGAGAGCCCAGCCAGGAGCUGAACAGUGCAUCUGCCAGUGCGACCUGUGCCAAUGUGCCUGCAGAUGGAGAUCAAGUCUCCAUUGAAUUCCAUGGCGUGGAAGCCCCCGAGUGGGAUGAUAGUCCUGGGCCCGAAAACCAGGGCAAGGUGCGGCUCUCCCCGUCCGAGUGUGAGAUCAAGGCCCUGAGGAAACAGGAUAAGCAGCAGGCCCAAGCCCUGGUCCUGGAAGGACGAGUGCAAAUGUUGGUGGUGCAGACCAACGCUCAGGUCUUCAAGUGUGAGAACUGCUCGUACAUCACCAGAAAGGAGCGAGCUAUGGUCCUCCACACCAAGUCUGGCUGCCAGAGCAAGAAGACACCGCUGGUAUGCGGGGCCUGCGGGGCCACCUUCAAGCAGCAGCGAGGUCUCAACACUCACGUGCAGAAGAAGUGCCCCGUCACCAUUAAGAAGCACAAAUUAUAUGCUCGCCAGACCGGAGUGAAACCACCCACCACCCUGACGAGUGGGGAGGGCGAGGACGUGGACGUGUCACUGAGCACAGAUCCAGAUAAGACUGCUCAGCCGCCGUGCCAAACUGCAGGGCUCUCCGGAGUUGAAGCACCGCCGUUCGAAGGUGGUGCACAGCGUUUCCGAGACCUGGAAGACAGGAACACCUCACUGGAACAGCCAGCAGCUGCUGAGAAAGAGCAAGUUUCCGAGAAGACACCGGCUAAUGGGGAGAACUUACUCCCAACCCAUGAGGAAGUGACGUUGGCCAACAAGGAAAAAAGCCAGAAGUCAGGGAAGGCGAAGUUCACAUCAGCCAGGGGGAGGUAUUCCUGUACCUCAUGCCCCUUCGUCUGCUCCAGUGAGGCAGACAUGGCCGGCCACAUGUCCGAGGGCUGCCCACGCUGCCCCAAGAUGCCCUGUGGGGUCUGCGGGUUGCUGUUCCGCUCGGAGAGGGCUCUGAAGAACCAUCAGGCUGUCAAGCAUGCUGAGGAGGACAGAGAGGAGGGAGAGGGGUCUCCCAGCGAGGGUGAGGGUAGCCCGGAAAUGCUGGAGGGGAGCAGAGUCUCCAGGGAGGAGCCCGGCGCUGGCCAGCAGUGCAGCAGCCGGCGGCGUUUUUCCUGCCCGACCUGCACGUUCAGCUGCUGUCAGGAGCGGGCCAUGGGCACCCACCAACGCAAGGGCUGCCUGAAACCUGGCCAGCUCCAGUGCGCCCUCUGCUCCUUUGUCUGCAAGUCGGAGGCAGCCCUCGAGCACCACACCCGCCUCCACGGCGUCCAGGGCAGCUGCAAGCGCCCGCGACUGACCUGCCGCCUCUGCCCCUUCACCUGCAAGCAGCCCCGCUGCCUGAGGCAGCACGUGGCGAUCCGUCAUGAAGGCGUCAAGCCCCAUCGUUGCCGCUUCUGUGACUUCGGCACCACCCGGCGCUACCGGCUGGAGGCGCACGAGUCCCUCCACACCGGGGUGGGCCGGCUCUCCUGUGACUCCUGCUCCCGCACCUUCGGCACAAGCUCCAAACUGCGCGUCCACAAGCUGAGGGUGCAUGAGCGGCGGCCCACCCACUUCUGCGCCCUGUGCGACUACAGUGGCUACAACCGCAACGACAUCGCCCGGCAUGUGUCCAGCUGUCACGCCGGGCAGCCCAGCGCCGCCUGCAGCCGCUGCCCGGCCCGCUUCAGCUCACAGGGCGCCCUGAAGCAGCACCGGCUGCGGCGGCACCGGGAGAGGGGCCGGCACGGCUGCCCCUCCUGCCUCUUCGCCUGCCGCAGCGAGGCCACCCUCCGCAGCCACGUCCAGCGCCGGCACCCGCUGCUGGAGUGCCCGGCCUGCAAGCAGCGGUUCCCCGGCCGCCAGCAGCUGGACGAACACCGCAAGGUCCACUUCGGCCAUCGCUGCCCGCACUGCCCCUUCGCCAGCCGCGAGCGGCAGCAGCUCAUCCAGCACCUGCUCGACAACCACGAGGAGGGCGAGGAGGGCGGAGGCGCCAAGCCCUUCCGCUGCCCCUUCUGCAGUUUCUCCUGCCGCCACCAGGUGGUGCUCGACUACCACAUGAAGGGCCAUGGGGGCACGCGCCUCUACAAGUGCACCGACUGUGAGUACGCCACCAAAAACCGGCAGAAGAUCACCUGGCACAUCCGCAUUCACACCGGCGAGAAGCCCUACAAGUGCCACCUCUGCCCCUACGCCUGUGCUGACCCCUCACGCUUGAAGUACCACAUGCGGAUUCACCAGGAAGAGAAGAAGUACCUGUGUCCAGAAUGUGGCUAUAAGUGCAAGUGGAUAAACCAGCUCAAAUACCACAUGACCAAGCAUACAGGAGCCAAGCCCUACCGAUGUGACCAAUGCGAUUAUUGCACAAACCGGGCAGACGCACUGCGCACCCACAAGGAGACACGUCACAAAGAGGCGCGCAGCUUCAUCUGUGAGCAGUGCGGGAAGGGCUUCAAGACCCGCUUCCUCCUCAAGACCCACCUGAAGAAGCACAGUGAGGAAAAGCCCUACGUGUGCACUGUCUGCCGCCGGGGCUUCCGCUGGCAGGCUGGCCUCCGGCACCACUACCUCACCCACACCAACGAGCACCCCUUCUUCUGUCGCCACUGCAGUUACAAGGCCAAGCAGAAGUUCCAGGUGGUCAAGCACAUCCAGCGGCACCACCCGCUCAAAGCCACCGAUGACCUCAGCGAGGGGGUGGGCAAGGUGCCGAUCACCCAUGCCCUGGCUGCCCGUGACCUGGGCAGUGGGGACCCCCAGCCUACCCUCCCUCAGAAUCCGGUGGGCACUGACAGUCUGGUUGCGAGCUCGUGAAC